CCGCCAUAUUUGAUUUGGCUGGUGUGUUUCUGACUGAAUGAAGUUUGUUGACUUUCUUGGACGGAAUUCUUCCGAUCGGAGCGAUUUGUGUCACAACUCGGAACACAGCGACAUCCUCGACUUUUCCCGUCAACGUGGGAACUCGGAAGUUUUGUUUUUGAUGUCUGGCAAGAAAUCCUAGAAGAUGAUCACGUAGCGCGUAUACACGGUGUUGCUGUUUAUUUAUUCUUUAGAAUUUUAAAACACGUACGCAUGACCUGUGUCAGGUAACAAAGGUGAGAAAAACCUGUCGGACAGGUGAGAACAGAGGUCUAUUUUAUUCCGUGAGAGAGAGUUUGGACAGUUUUCCAAGAUAGACGACGAACGGGGGCUUACCAUCAUGUCAGGCCGCCACAACAACUGGCCUUUCGUGUUAAACCUGGGAAACUCCAUCAUAGGAGUCAGUAUCCUGGCCACGCCGUACUGUUUUAAAGAGUGUGGCAUCCUGCUGGGGUCCCUCCUGCUGCUGUGUUCAGCCUACCUCACCAGAGUCUCCUGUAACCUGCUGCUCAAGACAGCGUUCGCAGCUCGAAAACGCUCCUAUGAGUUCCUGGCCUUACAUACUUUUGGAGCAGCUGGGAAGUUAGCUGUAGAAAUAAGUAUUAUUGGGUUACUGUUGGGAACAUGUGUGGCGUUCUAUGUCAUCAUCGGUGACUUGGGACCUGCUAUAAUUGCAGAGAUGACAGGACUAGAGAAUACUGCCAGUCUGCGGGCGGGGCUGCUGGUGUUUGUUGCCAUAGUGAUCGUCACACCUCUGGGGAUGAUGAGAGACAUCACCAGCUUUACAGCAGUCAGCACCAUCUCACUUCUCUUCUACUCUGUCUUCAUCGUAGAGGUGUUAAUGUGGGCGAUUCCAAACCUGGUGUCAGGGUCCUGGAUCCAGAGAGUGGAGAUGUGGAGGCCGGCAGGCAUCUUCAAAUGUCUCCCCAUCUUCUCUAUGGCAUUUGCAUGUCAAACUCAGCUGUUUGUGCUGUAUGGUGCCCUUGAUGAACCGUCAGUCAAAAGGAUGAACAACAUCGUACAGGAUGCCAUCAACAUGGUGGGGAGUAUCUACCUCUGUGUUGGCUUCUUCGGAUACGUGGCGUUUUGUGAGCUGGUGAAGGGUGACGUCUUGUUGAACUUUUCGUCCACGUUCAUGGCAGAAGUGGUGAAGAUGGGGUUCUGUCUGUCAGUGGCUGUCAGCUUCCCCCUCAUGAUCUUCCCCUGCAGACAGAGCAUCGACACACUGUUCUUCAGAAAACAUGUCCCAACAUUAGAGAACAUCCCUACAGGAGGAAACUACAUCCCCCCUCUGAGGUUCAAAGCCAUCACUAUGAGUAUCAUCAUCUUUUCUCUCAUCACUGGGAUUGUCAUCCCUAACAUUGAGACAGUCCUGGCGCUGACAGGAGCCACUACUGGAGUGCUGAUCUGUUUUAUCUUCCCUUCACUCAUGUUCUUGAAUGUCUUCAGCGCACAAAGCUCAGGCAAAAUCACAGCACAGAUUGCGUUGUUUGUAGGAGUGAGUGUACUGGUGGCCAGUACAUACACAACACUCACUACUCCUGGUGAGGCACCUGACGUCCAAGUCAAACCUAUCGUGGACAACGUACCAGACUUUGCUGUGAGAAAUGUGAUUGGCGGAGUGGACAAGAAUGAUGCUGUGGAGUCACUGCAGUCACUUGGAGGUGGAUCUGACAAAGAUGAUGAUGACCGUGGGGGUGGACAGGAGAAGGAUGGGGAAGAACAUCAUAAAGACAAUGUCCAGGUUGAUGUACCUGCUGUGAAGGAGGGAAAAGGAAAGGAUGACCAGGAAGUACAGGUUGACAAACCAGGAGAAAAGGAUGAAGAAGAGGAGGAAAAGGAUAAAGACAGGGAAAAACAGGGAGAGGACAAAGCAGAUAAGGAUGACAGCAGGCUAGAACCCCCCAUUCCACAUGAACCAAAGGAGCCUAAGAAAGACAUGGAUGAUGUUCAACCUGAUAAUGAAGACUCGAGGGAGCAGUGGGAGCAACAUCACAAGGAUGAGGAUGAGAACAAGGAUACAGAUCAGGAGGGAGCUGGAAAAGACCCAGAUGAUGAGGAUGAAAGAGAGCUAGAAGAUUUUGAAGACAAAGAAGACGACAAAGAAUCUGCCAAGAAACAUGAAAAGCAAGUAGACAUGGAGGAAGCACAAGAUAAACAUGAUGUGGAUGAAGAAGAUAACAUGAAGGAAGCAGAGGUUGCUAAAGAGUAUGUCAAGAAAGAGCAUGAAGACAAAGACCAUGAAGACAAGGAGCAAGAAGACAAAGAACGGAAAGACGAAGACCAUGAAGGCAAAGACAAGAAAGAGCACAAAGAUAAAGAGCAUAGAGAGAAAGAGGAAGAAGAUGAGGAAGAGAAAGAUGAGGGUCAAAAGAAACAGCUGCUGGACAUCAUCCAGAAGCAGCAGGAACAGCAGGAGAAGCUGCUGGAGGUACAGCAGCAGCUGUUGGAUGAGCUGAAGGAGCACAAGGCAAAGGACACCGUUGAUGAAGACCAGCAGAGGCAGGACGGGGACCAUGUCAGGGUCCCGCAACAAGCCGCCGGGGGAGUCAUGCCACAACAAGCUGCCGGGGGAGUCAUUCUGCAACAAGCCGCCGGGGGAGUCAUGCAGCAACAAGCUGCUGGGGGAGUCGUACUACAGAAGGGUGCAGACAUCCAACAGCAGGCAGGGCUCGUAGACGUGGGGUUAAACCAGCCUGUGGUAGAUUUACAACAGAAGGGCAUCGGGGACGUUCUGCAGCAAGGUCAUGUUGUGGACAUGGCACUGCAGCAACAGCUUGCAGGUGGACAGCUGCACCAGGAUGUAGUUCCCAAACUCCACCAACCUGUUAAUCCAGCGUUGCAACCGAUAGCUCUCGGAGAUUCCUUACAGCACGGUAACUUACAACAGGGGGGUCUGGGAGACCUCGGGCAGCAGCAAGGCAAUGUUAUGGAUGGAGGAGCGAACAAUCAUGAAGUCAUGGUGAACAAUGCCGCACUGGAGGUUGCAGAACUCCAUCAGGGCAUCCUGGCAAAUGCUGGGAUGCAGCAGGAGAUAGCUGAUAAUGUAGGAAUCCAAGCGGGGCAUCUGGUAGAUGGGAACUUGAAGCAGGCUGCUGCCAUGGAUGGUAUGAAAAUGAAUCAAGGAAAGGCGGCAGACGGACAGGUGAAGCUAGCAAAGCAGGCUGUGGACCCUCAUCCAGACAUUGGCGGACAGAUAGACCAGGGAGUAGCUAACAACGUCAAGCUUCCUGAUCAAGACAUGGCAAUGCAACAAAGGCUAGACGUUGACAUGCACUUAAAUCCAGUUGACAGCAAGAAAGUAGUUGAGAAGCAGGUCAGAGGCUUGGAUCCAGACAUCCAUGAUGCCCAAGAAGGACUUCCAGAUGCAAAUCCUGUACAUCAUAGAGUGGAGAGGGCUGUUGGUGACAUGGAGAUUGUCGAGGUGCCGAGAGAUGGCCUGCUACCAGCUGCUGAUCAACUACAGGUCCAAGGAAAUCAGCAGGAUUCUGUAAAAGAUGCCAUCAAUGCAGAAGGCCACAAUCUCAACAGCAAUAAUGAUGCCAGGUUGGUCAAGAAAGAAGUCCCGGAAGAGGUUAAGGAGGCAGCAGUCAACAUGAACCAGUUGAACCGGGACUUAAAGUACCACGUGCCGAUCAAACCUGUGGAGGCCCUCGAGUCAAAUAAGGGUCAUGACGAAAGCAAAGCAAGGGAGAAAAUCCUUCAGAAUUUACCAGGUGAAAGUGUAGUCCAUGAUGAAGUUGAAGGCAUGAAAGAAGAAAAGAUGAAGUUCAAAGAGGUAAAAGAAGAGGGAAAAGAUGAGAAAUGGGAUUUCAACAACUACAAAAAAGAAGAAAACCUUCCUGUCGAUGGGAACAAUAAUGUUGACAUGGUGGUUGAUGCUGGCAGCCUUCAAAAAGACUUAGUGGGCCAAGCUGAGGGUCCCAACCUGGUCAACCUAGCUCAGGUUAGGGAUCUCAAAGCACAUCCUGAUAAAAAGAAUGAUAACGAUCAUAGAAAAGAGUUCAGGAAAUAGACUUCUAUGGAAUUUUAUUUUUAGUUCUGGUGUAAAAUGGUUAACUAAGCCUGGUGACCUUAAAAUGGUUGUUUUACAAAUGCAAUGCCCAGUAUUACAAAUACACAAUAUUACUAAUGAGAUUUUAUGACAUAAAAAAGCCCUUCAUCGCAUUUUGAUUUGCCUUCACAGGUCUAAUCUCUGCAUACAUACACCAUCAUCUCUGUAUCUAAUGAUAGCUGUCAACAUGCUGUACAUUUUGAAUAUUCAUAUGUACUUUUAAGCAAAGAGUGUAGCAAUAGUUCUCAUACAUAGCCAAGACUCUGGGUAGACAAUUAGUCAUUAAGACAAUCUCCUUACACCUUCUGUGAAGCAUUUUUUAAUGUCACAUUCCUUGAAGAUCUACAAAAUAUCUCUGCAAGAUGUUAGAAUGUAGGAAGUGUACCCGCAAUAUGUACAUACUACAGAUUUCAAGAAAGUUCUGUGGCUUAAAAGUAAUUGUUGUAUUGCAUAUCUGUUGUUAGGCUCUGCCUUACUGCACUUGUUGCCUGUGGUAAACGAAUCUGUUGCAAGUGCUUUAGCCGAGAACAGUAUUAGAUGGAGCCCUGAUACAGUUUUGUAAGAUAUUCAUGUACAAAGCAAAUGUUUUAUGGGCAUGUUCAAGAAAAUAAGGCUUACUAGUAUUAUGUAAAGAUAGUAACACUUUGUGCACAGGACUAAGCAAAUGUAGACAACUUCUCAGCACAUAAACAGGUAGAGCACCAUGCAUACUGCAAUACUGAAAAAAGUAAUAGUUUCUGAUUCCACAAUAAUACAUGUACCUUCAGAAACUUCACUGUUUACCAUAACUUUUCUAAAGCUGCUCGCCACAUUGCAGUCUAUGAAUGUUAGUUAUGCCACAUCCCGCACAUUUAUGGUAAAACAUCAGCACAUGUACAUGUAUUUUACCUUCCAUGCUGUGUAUAUUUGACUGUACAUACUGGAAUGGAUCGCAGUGUAACCUAAAAAAUCGGUCAUUUUGUUUCAUACACUGACUAAGGUAAUAAAGUCGUGUAGCAAAUUUU